AUGGGAGAUGGUCUCCUGACAGCUUUGUCGAUCGAGAACCAUCACCACCCCUCGACUCUCUUAUCCAUGGACUCGAGUGCCUCAUCAUCUCACGACGAGCUGGACCUCGAAAUGACCCACCAUAUUAUCCUAACUCGUCCGCCCGACAUCAAUUUACCCCUAUCGAGCCCGCCACCUCCUCAUCUCUGGGCCCACCCACCACCCGACAUCCUCGACGUUGGUCUGGGCCCAGCCCAACUCUACGGGCCCGACACUUUCCUCGUCCUCCCAACAAAGCCCGGCAAAAAAUGCGGGAAAAGGGUCGACACCAUAUGGGGUGCCUGGUUUUUCUUCAGCUUCUACUUCAAGCCCGUCCUCAACGAAAAAUCCAAGGCCAAGAUCGUGCGUGACGGAAACGGGCUUUCCGGGUUCGAAAAAUCAGACCUCCAGCUCGACAAUUUCAUGGUCCAACACGACAUGGAGAACAUGUACAUGUGGGCUUUUAAGGAAAAACCCGAAAAUGCCCUCGGGAAAAUGCAGUUGAGGAGCUACAUGAACGGGCAUUCUCGUCAAGGCGAACGCCCUUUCCCGUUUAGUGCCGAAAAGGGUUUCGUGAGAUCUCACCGUAUGCAGAGAAAACACUAUCGAGGCCUCUCGAACCCUCAAUGCGUACACGGGGUCGAGUUAUCCCCUUCCCCGAGCUUAACGAAUCUCGACGAAGAUGAUCGGAGGAGAUGGGUUGAGUUAACGGGGCGAGAUAUUAAUUUCACGGUCCCUCCCGAGGCCAGCGGUUACGGGUCGUGGAGGAAUAUUAUGUCGAAUAAUGCCGAUUUCGAACAUAAUCACAACAAUUCGCUUUGUCAAGCCAAGAAAGAUCGUUCGCCCGAAGGAAACAAAAGGAAGAAGGAUUCGGUGAGUGAUGAGGAUUGUUUCUUGGGGGGCGUUAUCGUAAAUGGCCACCACGACCCGGAAACACCCCGGUGGCUGGCUCAGUCGAGUGGGGUGAUGAGGAGCGCGUGUGGGCCCGUGACAGCUGGCAAGACGACUUACGAGGAUGAAAAGGGUUAUUUGAUUUUGGUGAGCCUCCCGUUUGUGGAUCGAGGGAGGGUGAGAGUGUCGUGGAGGAACACGAUUUCGAACGGGAUAAUCAAGAUUUGCUGCACGAGCACUUCACGGGCGCCGGUUAUAAAGAGGCAGAACAGGACUUUUAGGUUAGCGGAUCGGGAUUCGGAGCACUGCCCGCCUGGCGAGUUUGUGAGAGAGAUUCAGCUGCCGACUCGAAUUCCGGAGAAUGGGGAGAUUGAAGCGUAUUUCGACGGGCAAGGGACUGUGCUCGAGAUAUUAAGGAUCUUUCAGUGA